AUUAGGAAUUCGAAAAUGCAUCCCUGAGCCAGCUGACGAUUAGAGAAAUUAUAUAGAAAAAAUAUACGUACGUGUAAGGAGAGAGUGGUGGGGGUUGUCAGUAGUUUUUAAGGUUUGAAAACCUAGUUACACUAGUUUUUUAACCACUUUUGGCUGGCAGAAACUAUAUCGUUUUAUGAGGGUCAUUUGAUUGUGGUCGCCCUCUUUCCUGAAUAUGAAUAAAUCAAAAGUAUAAAUGUUAAUAGACAAUUCACCAUUUUGUUGCGAAUCGGUUAAGGAAAUUGUUUUAACGAAAAUUCAUUCAAUAAAUUUUUUUGUUUCAUAGUGUCGAGACUACCUGAAUACCUUAUAUACUGAGGUUGUACAACGCUGUAUAUAUGGUCUUACUGUGUAUUGUACCUAAUGUUUAUCGUUUAAAGUAUCGAUUAGUGCAUUAGUUCUGCAUUCUGGUAGAUUAGUACUUUGUGUUACCCCUUUGAGUUCUAGGUUUUAUGUGCCGGCAUAGUCCAAUUUUCUUCGAUUAAAUAUCAAUUCUAAAUAAAUAUCUUUUAAAACAAUGUCGUAUCAGUAUCAUCAAAUAGCCAGUUUACUAGAAAAAAUGACUUCUAGUGACAAGGAUUUUCGUUUUAUGGCAACAAAUGAUUUAAUGACGGAAUUGCAAAAGGAUAGUAUUAAGCUCGAUGAUGAAUCUGAGAAGAAGGUUGUACGUAUGAUAUUACGUCUAUUGGAAGAUAAAAAUGGCGAAGUACAAAAUUUGGCGGUCAAGUGUUUAGGACCUCUGGUAAACAAAGUAAAAGAGAGCCAAGUUGAAACUAUUGUGGAUUCCCUUUGCUUAAAUAUGAUAUCGAAUGUGGAACAACUUCGAGAUAUAUCCAGCAUUGGUUUGAAAACAGUUAUAUUGGAACUUCCGCAGUCAUCAAAUUCUUUAGCGCCUAAUGUUUGUAGGAGAAUAACUGGAAAGCUUAACAGUGCUGUAGAAAAGGAAGACGUUUCGGUAAAACUUGAAGCACUGGAUAUACUCACCGACUUGCUUUCGCGUUUUGGAUUGUUUUUAGUCCCUUUCCACAAUCAGAUUUUAAAAGCGUUGAUUCCGCAACUAGAAUCUCCUCGACAGGCCGUUAGAAAACGUUCCAUUAUUGCACUUUCACAUCUUCUUGCAUUGGCGGAUGAUAGCAUCUAUGAUGAUGUCAUAGUUCGUCUUCUGAAAGGUUUGGAAAACAACUCCAAUUCUGGUGCCGUACGAACUUACAUACAAUGUUUAGCAUCGAUUUGCCGACAAUCUGGACCUCGUUUAUGCAGUCACGUUAACACAGCCAUCAAGUAUUUAGAAAGGUACAGUCAGUGUGAUGACGAUGAAGUUCACGAAUUUUGUCUCCAGGCGUUCGAAGCUUUUGUUUACAGAUGCCAAGACGCCGUAGCUCCACACGUGACUAUGGUAUGUAUCUUUAAACAUUUUUAUUGUUAA